ACGGACGUAGUUCCAGUAUACUCCUGAACACUCCUGGACAGGUACGCGCUGUGCAGCACGCGAAACACUGGAGACGGGUUUUGAGGAAGAACAAGGAAAAGUAUGUCACUGUAAAGGCAGUCAUCGCCUCACCUAAGCCCAGAACAAUGAAGCACACAUCUCAGCAGGACCAGACUGGAAGCUGUCGCUCUCUGUGGGUUGGAAACAUUACAGUGGAAGUUGCAGAGAAAGACCUCUGGGAUCUCUUUAAAAUGUUUGGUGAGAUUGAAAGCAUCAGAGUUCUUCAUGAACGUUUCUGUGCCUUUAUCAACUUCAAGAAUGCCAACAUGGCUGCCAAAGCCCUGGAGAAGCUGCAGGGGGUGGAGCUGAGGGGCAGCAAGCUGCUGAUGAGGUACCCAGAUCUUGGAUCCAGCGGACUCUGCCCUCCAUGCAAAGGACCAACACCAGCUUUGGCUUCAGUGCUGUAGGAGCUCAGCCAAGUAGCGCUGCAUCAGGGUCCACUCAGGGGGCACCUAUAAAUGGUGACGAGUGCUUCUACUGGUGGACCACAGGCUGUUUCCAUGGUGAUAAGUGCCGCUUCAAACACACACCAGACCAGCACGGUCGAGACAAGAAACCAUGGCAACCAUAACUAUGUCCCUCCCUUACCUUUACAACACCUGCAUGAGGCACAUUAAAGAGGGAUUUACAGAGGAAAAAGGGCACAAGGAAGAGGAAAAACAGCACUCAGUGUGGAGAACGAGAGGGCGAAUGUGUGUGCGUGUCAGAGAGAUUCACAUGUGGUUACGAUGUGAGUCAGAGGUUGUCACUAAUAAUUAAAAAUGUCACUCAGAGCCCAGUCUGAGGCGGAGAACAAUUCAUGUGAAAGAUAAACUUCUGUGACUGGGUCUUCAAUGGAAUUUAAUUUACUGGAAGCAUCCCUGAGGAGUUUCCUCAGGAGGGUCCUCUUCUGUUGGAAGUACAGUGUGUUAUCAAUCAUCAAGGAUUUACUGGUACAAAUGUCAGGUUGAACUUAUGAGGAAAUUAGUUCCAGACCUGUAAAAUGACGAUUACUUUUGAUAUGUGUAAUUAUUUGCACAGAGCAAUAAUUGAAUACACAGUUUUUCCUCUACUACAUGUUGUCUUUUGUUUUCCAGCCACUAGUAUUUGUUCUACAUAAAAACUGUCCUGUUUGAAACUGCUGGCUGCAUAAUUUCAUGCCAGUUCUGAACUAUGUGAUGUGUUUUGUAGACCUGUGCCCACCAUCAAAGUGGAAAGGUUUUGUCAAGACCACAUCCUCCUGUGCGUUACUUUUUGAACAGUAGUAUACAUUAGUGACAUGUCUUCCUGUAGAGACGGACAUUUGACCAUAUGUCAUACAUACAAACAUGUCAGCUGUUAUUUUUUACUCCUGCAAAAUAUUUCCUUGACUGGAGAACAACAAUUUUUAGUUUGGUCAUGUGUGUUACAAAUGAGAAACUAUCAACUGUCUUCUGCUGUGUAUCAAAUCUUUUUGUCCACAAUAAGGUAGUAUUUAAAUUCUGUAAAACAUUCACUACUGUUUAAAAGCCUGGGGUCACCCAGGCAAUUUCAUGUUUUCUAUGAAAAGUCACACUUUUAUUCAUGUGCUAACAUAACUGCACAAGGGUUUUCUAAUCAUCAAUUAGUCUUUCAACACCAUUAGCUAACACAAUGUAGCAUUAGAACACAGGAGUGAUGGUUGCUGGAAAUGUUCCUCUGUACCUCUAUGGAGAUAUUCCAUUAAAAAUCAGCUGUUUCCAGCUAGAAUAGUCAUUUACCACAUUAACAAUGUCUAGACUGGAUUUCUGAUUCAUCUAAUGUUAUCUUCAUCAAAGAUAAGUAUGUUUCUUUAAAAAAUAAGGACAUUUCUAAGUGACCCCAAACUUUUGAAUGAUAGUGGAGGUCCGUAUCUUAAAACAUUAUUAUUUAUUGUUUCCCAGUCUCUGUUUCAGGAUAAUUUGUGGCAAUGGCUUGUGUUUCCUGUUCAGUUUUUGCAGUUUCUGCUUAGACAUUUCUGAGAAUAGCAUUCAGAUCAGAGGUCAUCAUGCGGUCAGAUAUGAUUGAAAGGUUGCUCUUCGAUCUAUUAGAGAAGAGUAAUGUUAUAGUUUUCUUUCACUCCACCUAUCACAUUGGACUUUCUCCUACAUUAAAUGUUUUUGAAUCAACAACUCAUGCUAUGGUAUCAGUUGUUUACCUGUUUAAAUAUUUAGAAACUCUGUUUGUCAAAAUGUCCGGUCUACUCUGCAGUAGCAUCAUGGUGUGCACUGUCUCCUAUUUUAUAUUUGGUUCACAAAGUCUAUUUCUGGUAUGGCACCAUUUAAAAUACACAACUAUAAUAGAUAUUAGUUACUGAGCAACUACCAUGAACAUGUGUUCUGUGGUGUAGACUACUGUAAAAAAAAAAGGCUCAGACUUUUGCAUGUUUGCCUCCGAUGUACACACCCAGUUUCCUGUGUGAUCUUCAUGUCACAGAGAUUUUGGUGAACAUGUCUUGUGUGAUAAAGAGUGCAAAUAUCUGCAAUAAUAAAGGAAGCAGGCUUCUAAUUGA